UCCGUCAGGUCCAGCUGAUCCUCAUUCAGAAAGGCGUCAGCUUGAAAAUGUGCGGUCGGCUGAACACUUCACAGUGAAAAUAACCAGAGGGUCUUCAGUUUUCCUUUCAAAUGGCACCCAACACCCCCUGUUUCAUGUCGGACCUGUCUUGAUGGAGGACACGCUAAGACGGACGUCGAUGACAACAGUUAGACAGGCAGAAGCCUGGACCUCAAACAUUAUUGAAACAGUGUGGGAUCAUCUAGACAGAGCACAGAACAAAAGGCAGCCAACAUCCAAAGAAGAGCUCUGAAUGUCCUCCAAACAGCUUGGAGAAGUAUUCCUGAAGUGUACUUGAAAGCUUGCCUAAGAGCGUUCCAGCUGUGCUGAAGAACAAAGGUAUGGCCACAGAGAGUAUUGUGGAGAAUACCUGUUACUACAACGAGAAUGUCACCUUCUUCUACAGAACGGUUAAUAAGACGAUCAGUACGGGAUGGAAUACACGGGACUAUGUUGUCAUUGGACUGGGCUUGACAGUAUGUGUUAUUGUACUCCUGGCCAACUUGCUGGUGAUGAUAGCCAUUUUUAUGAACCGCCGCUUUCACUUUCCCAUCUACUAUCUCCUGGGGAACAUGGCUGCAGCAGACCUGUUUGCAGGUAUUGCCUAUACCAACCUGAUGUUGCACACAGGCCCGUGGACUAGAACCCUUACCAAGGAGCAGUGGUAUAUCCGCGGCGCUUUGAUUGACAUCAGCUUGACAGCCUCUGUGGCCAACCUCCUUGCUGUCGCUGUGGAGCGACACCAGACCAUCAUCACCAUGCAGCUUCACAGCACUAUGCCAAAGCGGCGUGUGGUGCUGCUGAUAGUAUGCAUCUGGGCCAUAGGUAUCAUCAUGGGCCUGGUGCCGACACUUUGGAACUGUGAGUGUGAUCUUAAGGACUGCUCCACCCUUGCGCCGCUCUACAGCCGCCGCUUCCUUAUCUUCUGGGCAGUCCUCAACCUGCUCACUUUCUUCGUUAUGGUGGCUGUGUAUACUCGAAUCUUUAUCUAUGUGAAGAACCAAAGUAAGAACACGUCUCAACAAGUCACAGAGAUCCGACAGCAGACCGUUGUCAACCUGAUGAAGACGAUAUCCAUGGUCCUGGGUGCCUUUGUAAUUUGCUGGACGCCUGGCCUCGUGACUCUCUUACUGGAUGGACUGUUGGGUAAAGAGAGUCAUGCCAACCGCUAUGAGAAAUACUGUUUGUUCAUAGCAGAGUGCAACUCUCUGGUCAAUCCUAUCAUCUAUUCCCUACGGGACAACGAGAUGCGGAGGACGUUCAAGUGGAUCCUGUGCUCUCUGUGUCGGAGAGGUGCUCAUCCGCAGAGGCAACUUUCACUAGUCACGAGGGGCACAUCUCUGCGAGAGGAAAAACUUGGCUCUGGCCUGAAGUCAGAAGCAGAGGCCUUGUGUUAGGACGACAUCAAGAAAGACGACGCCUGGUCAGUGCCCAGGUUAUAACAGCAGCUCAAAAAUAAUAUAAGAUGUAUAGAUCGGUUUAUUCUUCUAGAUAUCAGCCAAAUUCUCCAAAGCUCGCUUUUCCAUGUUUGCUUUUUGAUACUGAAUUAAAGGCUGAACAAGACUU